GGUAACACAAUGCCAGCUGAGCGCAAAAAGCCAGCAAAUAUGGAAGAAAAAGAAUCUCCGUUAAAUAAUAAAGAAAAAGAACUUAGUGAAAGGCGACCCGUGAGCACCAGGGACAAGCCAAAAGAAGAUGUCAAGGUUGGCAUGAAGAGAGAGACUUUAAAGGUUCCUGAUGAUAAAAAGAAAAAACUGGAAGAGGAUAAAAGAAAAAAGGAAGACAAGGAGCGGAAGAAAAAAGAAGAGGAUAAAGUAAAGGCAGAAGAAGAGCAAAAGAAGAAAGAAGAGGAGGAAAAAAAGAAACUUGAAGAAGAGGAGAAAAAGAAACAAGAGGAGGAAGAGAAAAAGAAACAAGAAGAAGCAGCUGCUCAACUGAAAGAAAAAGAGGAAGCACAUCAGCUCCAUCAGGAGGCUUGGGAGCGCCAUCAGGCAAGAAAAGAACUUCGCAGCAAAAACCAGAAUGCACCGGACAAUCGCCCUGAGGAAAACUUCUUCAGCAGACUAGAUUCCAGUCUGAAGAAGAACACAGCUUUUGUUAAGAAGCUAAAAACCAUUACAGAGCAACAAAGGGACUCCUUGUCCCAUGACUUUAAUAGUCUGAACUUAAGCAAAUACAUUGCAGAAGCAGUAGCUUCUAUUGUGGAAGCCAAACUGAAAAUAUCGGAUGUGAACUGCGCUGUGCACUUGUGUUCCCUCUUUCACCAGCGCUAUGCUGAUUUUGCUCCUUCGUUACUUCAGGCUUGGAAAAAACAUUUUGAAGCAAGGAAAGAAGAGAAGACUCCGAACAUUACCAAGUUAAGAACUGAUCUGCGUUUCAUUGCAGAAUUGACAAUAGUUGGGAUUUUCACUGACAAGGAAGGUCUGUCUUUAAUCUAUGAGCAGCUUAAAAAUAUUAUUAAUGCUGAUCGAGAAUCCCACACUCAUGUUUCUGUGGUUAUCAGCUUUUGUCGGCACUGUGGAGAUGACAUUGCUGGUUUGGUACCAAGGAAAGUAAAAACUGUUGCAGAGAAGUUUAACUUGAGCUUUCCUCCUAGUGAAAUAAUUAGCCCAGAGAAACAACAGCCCUUCCAGAAUUUGUUGAAGGAAUACUUUACGUCUUUGACCAAACACCUGAAAAGGGACCACAGGGAGCUACAAAAUAUUGAAAGACAAAACAGGCGCAUUCUUCACUCCAAAGGAGAACUGAGUGAAGAUCGACACAAGCAAUAUGAGGAAUUUGCAAUGUCCUAUCAGAAGUUGUUGGCAAAUUCUCAAUCUCUUGCUGAUCUUUUGGAUGAAAAUAUGCCUGACCUUCCCCAAGAGAAACCAACACCUGAGGAACAUGGACCUGGUAUUGAUAUUUUCACACCAGGAAAGCCUGGAGAAUAUGACCUGGAGGGGGGUAUCUGGGAAGAUGAAGAUGCUAGAAACUUCUAUGAGAAUCUCAUUGACUUAAAGGCUUUUGUGCCAGCAAUUUUGUUUAAAGAUAAUGAAAAAUGUUCCCAGAACAAGGAUUCCAGCAAAGAUGAAUCAAGAGAUUCAAAAGAUGCCAAAGAUAAUAAGGAAGCACCUGGGAGUGAGGAUUUGGAGUUGGAACUGGAAAACCUGGAUAUUAAUGAUGAUCCUCUGGAAUUAGACUGCGGAGAUGAGGCAGAAGAUCUUACAAAAAAGCUUCUUGAUGAGCAAGAACAAGAGGAUGAAGAAGCCAGUACUGGAUCUCAUUUAAAACUUAUAGUAGAUGCUUUUCUUCAGCAGCUUCCGAAUUGUGUCAACAGAGACCUCAUAGACAAGGCAGCCAUGGAUUUUUGCAUGAAUAUGAAUACUAAAGCCAACAGAAGAAAACUAGUGCGAGCACUUUUCAUAGUUCCUAGACAAAGGUAAGAACUGAAGGGGACCAAGCUGGAUCCACCCUUUGGUUAUUUAACUUAA